CCUCCCCCCAGCCGAGCACAGUUCGGCUCCGGGGCUUCGCUCCCUGCGCUGUACACAGUGGCUCCUCUUCUCACUUUUAGGUGCGCGAUAAAAUCUGGACAGCAGGACUUUCCUCUCUGCAACCUUCCCGAGUAUACUGUUCCAGUUACAGCUGAUAUUUCUGUGCUAUAGCAACAUUAAAUACUACCCAGGAAAAAUGAUAAAAUUUUUCCUCAUGGUGAAUAAACAGGGACAGACCAGACUUUCUAGAUACUAUGAACAUGUGGAAAUCAAUAAGAGAACCCUUCUGGAAGCAGAUGUCAUCAAAACAUGCUUAUCACGGUCCAAAGAACAAUGCUCUUUUAUCGAGUAUAAAGAUUUUAAACUCAUAUACCGGCAGUAUGCAGCUCUUUUCAUCGUGGUUGGAAUCAAUGAAACUGAGAAUGAAAUGGCUGUAUAUGAAUUCAUCCAUAAUUUUGUGGAAGUUUUGGACAUGUAUUUCAGCCGAGUGAGUGAACUAGAUAUAAUGUUUAACUUGGAUAAAGUGCACAUCAUUUUGGAUGAAAUGGUGCUGAAUGGCUGCAUUGUGGAAACUAACAAGGCUAGAAUCCUCGCUCCUCUCCUGAUUCUUGACAAAAUGGCAGAAAGCUGAAUAAAGAAGCCAUGUCCUGGUGGCACUGAUUCACAGGAAAUGCCAGAGGCACAGAACACCCCCUGCAGCUGUACCCCCAGAGAAUUCACAAGGCUUCAUGUUACAGCAAAUUGGGGUCCAGUGCCAAAAGGAUGGCUUAGGGACUUGGGGAUUUCCAAAUAGGUAUCUUCAAAAUGUGAUAUGCAAUGGGAAUUAUUAAGUAAAUUAAUAGGUGGGGAUCUUACCAACUGUAAUCCUAAGCAUAUUUCACACUUCUUAAAUUUUGUUAAAUGAAGAAUCUGGGCAGUCAGUUGAAUUUCACAAAUCAAAUCAAGGAAUGGCAGGAUGAGGUGACAGGGAAGCUUGAUAUUUGUCAGCCAAUGAAAUUUGAAAAUUGGCUUGAAAAACUGCAUAAAUAAUUGAAGAUCAUGUUGUUUUCCUAUUUAAGAUUUUUCUUGUCUUUUUUUGGAUAAAAUUUGAUAAAUUUUCUUCUUUUAAAUUUGAGUAUAUCUUCUAAAUAAACUUUUCAAAAUUUAAUCUGA